AUGUUUACCAACGACGGCUUCUAUCUGGAGCCCAGGCAGCAUGAAGAGCUCUCAUUCUCCAAAAUCUCGGACGAACAGGGGGGUGAUUUAAGAGGCUGCCCGGUCAGAAGUGAGCAGUUGCCGCAUGGGACGUACCAGUGCCUCCACAGUGAUCCCACUGAUUAUCCACCAGCGGCCACCCAACCGACUCCCCUUCUGCCAGUCUACAUGCCCACCGGAGACGCAGCGGUCCUGCCAACGUCCACGCCCUAUCCCGCCGGCUGGAACUUCGACAAGGCGGUGGGAGGAUCCUGCACAAAUGUGCCCCGAACUUGGAACCAGGCUGGUGCGGUCUGCUCCGACUGCGUCGGAACUAGUAACCAUGACUACCUGUCAACAGACAUGACUCAGGGCUGCGGCUACCUUCAGGGUUUUCCGGACUAUUCCCGUCAUUCUACUCCCGAGCAGGUCACGUGGCCUGACCUGUCACAGGUUCCAUUCCAACCAUCUCCAGCACUGCUACAACAGCAGCAACAGUCAGUCGGCAAUGCGGACACGGUGGGCCUCCCGCAGGGAACCAGCAAGCCCUCCACGGGCACACGAACUGGCAAAACGGCCUUCCCCUUCACCGUGGGCGGCAGUGAGCUCAUGCUCUGUCCGGGGUUCCCCCAGGCCUGUGUGGGAGAAUACCAGGGUGAUGCGGAGACUAAGCCGCCCUUCUCGUACAUCACACUCAUUGCCUCAGCUAUAAUGUCGGCCAAGGACCAGCGAGCCACUCUGAGUGAGAUUUACGCCUGGAUUAUGCUGCAUUUUGCUUACUACCGUCGAAAUAUCCGUCGGUGA